ACUUUCUGAUGUUGCACGACGGGAAAUGCUUUGAAUACUUACGACAUGGCCGCUCACAUUGAUUGCCAAGAUUGACAGCAGUAACCAUCGCCUUCACUUGUUUCAGGAGGAAAAAAAAAUAAUAAUAAUGAACCUGAUUGUAACCAAAUCUCCAGGCAACCCAUCCGCAAACUUCUAACGAUCGGGAUCCUGCACAUCCAUGGCCCGGAGAAACACCAGCAGACUCUAGUUCAUUUAUUUUAUUUUAUUUUAUUUUACUGAAUUACCACUCAUUUAUUCCUCUUUCUCUCUCCCCUUUCACCUCCUCCUCCCCCCUCUUUUUUUUCUAUUUUCUUUUUUUUUUUUUUUUUUAAUGAAAAUUACCGAAGCGCGUUGCAAAAAAAAAAAAAAAGGAGGCUCUCCCAGUGCUUUGUGCCACACUGGAUCCCGAGGAGAUGCUGUGAAACUUAAACCAAAAUAUUAAUCCCACUGGCCUGAAAGCACCAACAUCUUUCCCUGUGAAAGUUUUUCUGAUGUUAUAGCACUUGCUCAAGAUUCUAAGGUGUCAGUUUCAUGAAUUCAAAAGCAACUUACCAGUGAUUUCUGGGAGCUGGGGCUGAUUUUCUUGUGUAUUUAAGAAUGUCUUCCAAGCAGGCUACCUCUCCAUUUGCAUGUGCAGCUGAUGGAGAGGAAACAAUGACCCAGGACUUAGCAUCACGAGACAAGGAAGAGGGCAACAGUGAUCAGCAUGCGACCUCUCAUCUGCCUCUACACAAUGUAAUGCACAACAAACCUCACUCUGAGGAGCUACCGACUCUGGUCACGACCAUCCAACAAGAUCCUGAGUGGGAUGGAGUCAUCUCAGCCCAACACAGAAUGGAGUCAGAGAGUAAUAAGUUAUGUUCCCUAUAUUCCUUCCGAAAUACCUCUACCUCACCAAACAAGCCCGACGAAGGAGGUCGUGACCGCAGUGAGCUAAUGACCAGUGUUAAUUUUGGAACUCCAGAACGCCGCAAAGGAAGCCUUGCAGAUGUGGUGGACACACUGAAGCAGAAGAAACUAGAAGAAAUGACCAGGACUGAGCAAGAAGAUUCAUCCUGCAUGGAAAAGCUACUUUCUAAAGACUGGAAGGAGAAGAUGGAAAAAUUAAACACAAGUGAUCUCCUUGGAGAAAUUAAAGGUACACCAGAAAGCCUGGCAGAAAAAGAGCGACAGCUCUCUACUAUGAUCACCCAGCUGAUCAGCUUACGGGAGCAGCUCCUGGCUGCCCACGAUGAACAGAAAAAGCUGGCAGCCUCACAAAUUGAAAAACAACGGCAGCAAAUGGACCUUGCUCGCCAACAGCAAGAACAGAUUGCAAGACAACAGCAGCAACUUCUGCAACAGCAGCACAAAAUCAAUCUACUGCAGCAGCAAAUUCAGCAGGUUCAGGGUCACAUGCCUCCGCUCAUGAUCCCAAUUUUUCCACACGACCAGCGGACACUGGCAGCGGCUGCUGCAGCCCAGCAGGGAUUCCUCUUCCCCCCAGGAAUAACUUACAAGCCAGGUGAUAACUACCCUGUGCAGUUCAUUCCAUCAACAAUGGCAGCUGCUGCUGCUUCUGGACUCAGCCCUUUACAGCUCCAGCAACUGUAUGCAGCUCAGCUGGCAAGCAUGCAAGUUUCUCCUGGAGCCAAAAUGCCAUCCACUCCACAACCACCAAAUACGACAGGGGCACUCUCACCCACUGGCAUGAAAAACGAGAAGAGAGGGACCAGCCCGGUAACUCAAGUUAAGGAUGAAGCAGCGCAGCCACUGAAUCUUUCAGCCCGACCCAAAACAGCUGAACCUGUCAAAUCCCCAACAUCUCCGACACAGAACCUCUUCCCAGGUAGUAAAAGCAGUCCAGUGACAGUGACGAACAAGAGUGGCAUCCCCAGCCCGCUUGGUGGAUCUCUGGGAAGAGGAUCCUCUUUAGAUAUCCUUUCCAGUCUUAAUUCACCUGCCCUAUUUGGGGACCAGGACACAGUAAUGAAAGCUAUUCAGGAGGCUCGAAAAAUGAGAGAGCAGAUCCAAAGGGAGCAGCAGCAGCAACAGCAGCCGCAUGGUGUUGAUGGAAAAUUGCCCUCCAUGAAUAACAUGGGUCUGAACAACUGCAGGAAUGAAAAGGAAAGAACAAGGUUUGAAAAUUUAGGCCCACAGUUAACAGGGAAACCCAAUGAAGAUGGGAAACUGGGCCCUGGUGUCAUUGAUCUUACAAGGCCGGAAGAUGCAGAAGGAAGUAAAGCAAUGAAUGGCUCUGCAGCUAAACUACAGCAGUAUUAUUGUUGGCCAACAGGAGGUGCCACUGUGGCUGAAGCUCGAGUCUACCGGGAUUCGCGAGGCCGAGCCAGUAGCGAACCGCACAUCAAACGACCAAUGAAUGCUUUCAUGGUUUGGGCAAAGGAUGAGCGUCGAAAAAUUCUUCAGGCCUUCCCUGACAUGCACAACUCCAACAUUAGCAAAAUCCUAGGAUCUCGCUGGAAGUCCAUGUCAAAUCAAGAGAAACAACCUUAUUAUGAAGAGCAGGCACGGCUAAGUAAAAUCCACCUAGAAAAGUACCCUAAUUAUAAAUACAAACCUCGACCAAAACGUACCUGCAUUGUUGAUGGAAAGAAAUUGCGUAUUGGUGAAUACAAACAACUGAUGAGGUCUCGAAGGCAGGAGAUGAGGCAGUUUUUUACCGUAGGACAACAGCCUCAAAUUCCAAUCACCACGGGAACGGGGGUUGUGUAUCCUGGUGCUAUUACCAUGGCGACUACCACGCCAUCACCUCAGAUGACAUCAGAUUGCUCGAGCACCUCUGCCAGCCCGGAGCCCAGCAUCCCCGUCAUUCAGAGCACUUAUGGUAUGAAGACGGACAGCGGAAGCCUUGCUGGAAAUGAAAUGAUAAAUGGAGAGGAUGAAAUAGAAAUGUACGAGGACUAUGAGGAUGAUCCCAAAUCAGACUAUAGUAGUGAAAACGAAGCCCAUGAGGCAGUCAGUGCCAACUGAGGAGUGUUCACAGAAUUAAAGUACUCAGACUCAUUUGGGUUUUUUUGGGUUUCUUUUGAACAAAAGUUCUUAAAGAGCCUGCAUGCAUGUGUGGCUCCUACAGUUACAUCAGCAGAAUGGUCUUAAAUGUUUCUUAAUGUGUGAGACAGAUUGUUUCCCUAAUUUUUCAUGAACUUGGGUUUUUUGUUUUUGUUUUUAAAUUUAGAUGAAGACAUAUAUUAAAUAUCAGGCAUCAGGACUUGAAAACUUAUAUGAAUCAAUAGCUGUCUUACAAGUCUUACCUUUUGUCUUUCUCCUUUUGGAUGCUGAUAAAGGUUUAAGUUACUGUUUUAGAUGGGGGUUCUACAUUCUCACUCAGGUAUGCUGUGCCAGCCUACAGGUUGUGAAUGUGUUUUUAUUCUGGAUUAUUUUAGAAAACAAAAACUGCAGAUUUCAUAUUGUGAAACAGAACAAGUCCACAAGUGUGCACAUCUGUGCAUCAUAGCUUGUCUUUAAAAAAUAGUCUCUGAAUUCCCUUUUUUCCAUAUGUAUAGCUGAACUUCUGAUGUGCCAAACUUUUCGUAACUUUUGAAUCUUAACACUUAAAAAAAAAGUCUUAAAGGAGACACUGUAAAGUCUUAGACAAUCCUUUGGCAUCUUAAAAAAAUUAUAUAUAAAACCUAAUUUUUUCCAGAAUAUGGUAAAGUACUCAGGAAUCUGGAGACAGGAUAUUCUUAAGUAGUGAACAUGGUUGCCAUAGUGCAUGUGCCCAAUUGCUUUUGCCUCUUGAUGUGCCAUUAGUGUGAAAUUUUAAGUAAGCACAAAAGAGCGAUCACCAGCUAUGGACAGGCCUGUCUUAGCAGUGUGAGGCCACCUCUGAUUACAUUCUCUACCCCUCUGCUUUUAACCCUUGCAUUCAGUCUUAACACAUUUUCUCUUAAAUAAUUUAUUCAUUCCAGAAUGUCAAGGGUCCAAAUACUUAAUAUUUAUUUUUAAAAGUACUGUUGGUGGCAUUACACUUACAAUUCCUUACUGAUAUUUUAAAGAGCCGCUUCUUUCUCCUUCCCUAAAUUACACAGGUAUAUGAAAAUAAAAGUGCACCUGCUACUAAAAUGAACAUGACAUGUAUGAAUGAGAAAUUCAGUUGUUGCUGUAACACUGUAUGUUCAAGGAGCACUUGGAAACACUCUGCUCUAUGUAAUGCAAAAUAGAGUACUCAUAUGUACAUACAGUACAAAUAUUCCUAAAAAAUGUGUUUAUAGUUAUAAACCUCUAUAUUUAAGACAGCAAAGGCAGAUGUAAAAUCCAAACUGCAUGUACAGUCCACCAUGAUGAAUUUUUAGGGCCUGUAGAAUCCUGCAGUGAAUCACAGCUCUGAACAUCAUGUUCCUGUUGUCACCUGAAAGAACUGUUUGCUACCCUAAGUAUUUAUGCAGUGAUUUAUAUGUGAGACUCCUAGUGGGGGAGGGAAGGCCAUACCAAUUUUUCCCUUGCAAAGCUGGGAAAAUGGUGCAUCAAAAAAUAUUUAUUGAAUAGUAGUCAUGUGGGAAUCUCAGCCAGAUCUUGAUGAAUGCUUAUCAAGUGCUUCGGGAUCUUUGGAUAUAAGAUGUUAUAGAAACUAAUUUUUUAAUUUGUAUUACUUCUAGAAACUAUUGCUAUUGCUAGUGAAAAUUCUGGAAGAUAUACAGGAUACAGAUAUUCAAAGAUUGUAAUUUUAUUAAAUUUCAGAGCCAGAGAAGAAAUUGCCUUUCUUCUUUUCCCUCACACUCCACUCCCGUUCACAAGUACAUCACUGCAUAUAUAUGCAGAUCCAAUGGGCCUGGUGCAUACGUGUGCUGAAGCUUCUCCAUCCCCUCAGCUUUUGUUUUGAAUUGGAUGUCUUCAGCACAUUGGUGAUAAAUUCAGCCUCAGGCUGAGAGGCAUGAGUGGGCCUAGAGCAGCUCCUGUUGAAGUCUGUGGGAAUCUUCCUACAAGCUGAACGACUUCGUGUAGGACCCAGACAAUGACAGCAGUACAGUGUUAAUGCUGGCUGUCCUCCUGCUGGCAACCUGUCUUGCAGAGAUUCGUGUGAGGUGCAAUGACAAGAUGCUGUACCAGGAGCAGCCAUUUUUCUCAUAGCCCCACUAAUACCUGUUGGAGCAGAGAUAGCCAUUGUUGCCACUGUAGGAAUCACAUUGAAAUGUGCAAGAACAAACCCCAAGACAAAGAAGAUUGUUCAAUUUACAGGACAAUUUAUAAAGAUAAUGGCAUAGAAACACAAUGGUCAAAUUUCUCUGACCAUUUUGUAAUUUGGAGCAAAAUGCUAUAUUUUUAAUAUUUAUUUAAAUGUGUUCUGAGUCCACGUCUAAUAAGCAAUAAACUGGUCUAGCCAAGACUUUAAAGGCAUAUGCUGUGUCAUUAGCUGGUGAGCGCCCUCUUUAAGCUGGCUAAGGUACUGAUAGAAAGUGUUUUUUGUUCUUAUGAUUGCUUGGGAAUUUGAACUGGUUUUAAUACAUUCAGCUUGGAUUGGGGGGAGGAUAACAUUAUUUCCUAAAAAAAACAAAUGACUAUUUAUUAAUGUCUUACAUAAUUCUCCAGUUAGCAGUAUCUCUCCCUCCCCCCAUAUCACUUUCUCUCUUGCUCUCUUUUUUUUUUGCUGGUUUUUUUGUUGCAUAGGUAGAAUGCUGUAUUGUUAGCAUUGUAUUUUAUGUAAUUAUUAUUUUUUUUUUGCACAAAGGCAAACAUUUAGAUUAGUUGGUUAAUUUUUUAAAAUUUUAUGACCAUGCCAAAAUAAUAUUCUGCAGGCUUGUGGAGAACAAAGGACUGUUCUUUAGGACUGAAACUUGAUUUUGCGUGUAGUACAAAAAAACACACACUCACAGAUGUUGUUUCGUAAGUGUUAUAAGCACUGGAUAUAAAUGGUAUUUUUUAUCACUUCUGACUAAUGUGAAACUGUUGUACGAAAACUACAUGAACAAAAGUCAUCUGUUUCGACUCGUGUGGGCCUGCCUCACAGUUGCCGGAUUUGAGUCAUUUUUAUGUCUUGUUAUUUCAUUUAUUUAUGCAAAAUACAUGUAUGUAUGAACACUUUGUUUUAGCUCCAGCCCUGCCUCAGUGCUGAUGCUCUGUAUGUUAAAGCCACAUUCUUGAAAAUGACUGGCUGUUCAGGAAUCGCCAGCUGGUAAAACUUGCAUUUAUUGGCUGGGGAGUGGGAGGAACAUAUUUGAAUCUGAAUUGUGCAUAUGAGCAUUUUAUUCUAUUUAUUAGCCGACAUUGGCUCUAAAAUGUCAGUAGAAAACAAGGAAGGACAAUCAUAAGGAUAAAAACCCAACAUUUUUACUUUAUUAAUCGGAGCUCAAAACAAAGUUUUUAAUGAAUUUACCAUCUCAUUUUAGAAUUUUUUUAAAUUGUGUAAAUAUAACAUAGGAAAUAGAAUUUAUUUUUUGUUCAUGGAUACUUAGUGAAGUAUAAGUUAUGUAUUUACUUUUGUUCUAUAUCAGUGUAUGUUGGUCCAUAUUAAAUGCUGACAAGUCACUGUACCUCAUGUAGAUGCUGAAUUUACACUCGCAGUGUGAGCGCAGUAUUGUGGACCUGUAGCUGGGACAGCAAGAUGCCUCACUUGUGCUCUCACUGAUUUUUAAUAGCAUAUUCCACAAACACAGAAUACUUCCUUCUUUUUUAGAAAGUCGAUAAUUUAAACAUACCCAAUUUCUGAUGCAUUUGAUAGGAAACACAGUCUUCUGAAUCCAAGUAAAACUGAUGUGAUACUUCACUUCUUAAUAAGAAUGACAUUUGGAAGUCAAAAGCAUAUCCCUGGAAAGAUUAUAAUGACGAAGAUGGCCCUUCCAAUGCAAUCAGGACUUAACAAUAUCAAACCUUUAUUUUCUACAUUCAUUAAAUCAUGUUAUUGUCAUGUUAGGCUAUAACACCAAGGGAAAUUGUUCACAGAAUACACUAAGAGGACUCGUGGAGUUGUUUUAUAAGCAUUGUGUUUGAGUCACCCUUAAUAACUCUGACUCAAAAAAAAAACAACUCCAUUCAGGUAAUGCAAAAAUAGAGUAAUAAUAUUUUCUCUGUGAACAGACAGUUUAUUUAAUUAACAGAUACCAUAUAUUUUCUUUUUGGAAAAUCAUAGAGUACUUAUUUUCAAGAGAAGAACACUCCCAAACCAGUGUGAUACCAGCUAGAAUAGUUCACUUCAUAUUUCAUAAAAAUGGAAGAUAAAAGACUUAAUGGAAACAGAAAUGCUUUCCAGGGUUCAGGUUUACAUGGAGAAAUUACUCUGAUGAAGUGGCCCAAUUCUGGUCUGCCUGUAUGUUUGAGCAUUACCAUUUGGCUUGCGAAACUGUCUGCUGAGAAUACGUGGGAUCGCAGUGUGCUCCUAAAUCAGCGUACUCAGGUGCAGCAUGAGCAGGGGGACGGCAAAAGAUGGGAUUGCUCCGAGAUGGGAAUGCAAACCAAACAGCAGCAUUAAUCACAAUAAACACAAUAACCUGUGCAAGGUGUGCAGCAGUCAGCUGCGGGCAGUUCCUGCUUUGAGUACAAACACAACCACCUCCCAAUGCAACCUAACCACAGUCCUUUCUCUGGGUUGACUUUCUGGUUUUGUUUCUUGGUCAUAUCAAAGGCGUGGCAUUUCAAAAUCAUUUCCUAGCAAAACAUACUACAAGAUUAACACCCCCAUCCUCCCCCAGCAAAACAUUUAUCUACCUGCUUAAUACUGAACAUGUUAGGACUUCCAUGGUGGUCACGAGGACCAGGAAAGUGUUGGCGUUAAGCGGGGCAAACUUUGCUGAGCCAGGGCCACGGUGCAAACAACUGCACUGGAGAUGCCGCCAGUAGAAUGUAUGAUAGAAUUCUUCAUGUUUUUAGGAGAAGUUAAUGGAUGGGCUUGGGCCGUUGGUGUUUUGCAUGCUUUUUCAAGAUUCAAGUUGGCACUUAAGCAUGUUCUUUUAAAAGAAUAAUACUAUAUGACCUCAUUUGAUCUUUUACAAAACACUCUUUUUCCUUUAAAAAAAAACUUCCCCCCAAACCUUUUUUUCAUAUAACCCAUUAAUAUCUGUGAUUUUUCUCAGAUCAAACCACAUUUUUGAUAUGCUGUAUUGUCCUGCUACAGAAGGAAAAAAGUAUAUGCAAAUAUAUUUCA